AUGAACGUAAGCGUGGGUAACCAAACCGGCCUGGACAUCAUCGAAGACAAGGCAGUCCAGGCCGUCUUCUGCCUCCUCUACACUUCCAUCUUCGUUCUCGGCCUCUUCGGGAACGUCCUCGUCUGCUACGUCGUCGGAAGGAACAGGGCGAUGCACACUGUCACAAACUGCUUCAUCACCAACCUGGCGCUCUCCGACAUCCUCCUCUGUACGUUGGCCGUACCCUUCACACCACUAUACUCCUUCCUCGGUGAGUCUUUACAUAAUUAUAUUAAAUAA